AUGUUGUCCGCCUCAGCGGACGUUGACAUCGUGUUUGCGCCAUGUUGUCCUCCGUCACCAGACAACGAAUAUGCUGAACGUGAGAGUGUACUCAGCCGUGAAGUCACAACUGCGCAGCUUCGCGCUCCUGCCCAACGAGCCAAGACAACACGUGGUGUGCAGAACCUGGAGCAAACGGAACUCCAAGCCGCACCAGCCCAAGGCAAGUACCGUCGUGUUUCGGCCGGUGGAGAUGACCUCAUUGCAGCGCAGCGGAUCGAUUUGCUGGCAGUGGAGCAAGGUGCCAGGAAGACGCAGAAGACCGGCACGUUGGUUUCGCCUUCCCCAGGCGAAAAGGCUGAAAAGAAGGACGGAAUGCUCCACGACCUCGUCCCGGACCUGCUGGAUGAUGAGGUGAAGCCCGACAAGGAGGAUGGAAAGAUCUACCUGAAGCGCUACGGCGACCUGCAAAAAGGCUUCGUGCUCGGCCAGCGUGACAUCGUCGACCCGGGAGGGCCCGCCAUGCACGAGCCCACAGUGCGAUGCGAGGGCCGCUGCAAGAUUCUGCGCUUGACGCGGCGCGAUUAUCUCCAUUGCCUCAAGGAGAUGCAGGUCGAGAAGCACCGAAUCGUGCACGCGCUGCGCAACAUCCCUCCCUCCAGGCCGGGGGAGCCCCAUCACCGCUCUGAGGAGCAGCUGUCCCUCCUGGCCAAGCUGGUGAGGAACACUCCCGAGCUGAAGAACUUCGAGAGGCCGACGUUGAUGCAAGUCCUCGGUGCGGCUACAUAUGUCAACGCCGGCAAAGGCCACGUUCUGUGCAAGCAGGGGGAGAUCGGAGACCAGUUCUACGCCAUCAUCGCCACACAGGAGGCUGUGCCAGGUGACCUCUUAGGCGACGACGAGUGCCUGGAAAGCUCGACCUGUGCAUUGAACGUCUUGCAGAUGCGUGGGAAGGCCAUGGAAGAUGUGGAGGAGGGAAGACAAAUGCCGUGGAUGAUGAUGCCACCACAUGCGCGAUGGCGCAUGCGAGAGUACCACCCGCCACCGGUCAUGCCGCCGUAUAUGCGACCAGAGCCUAUGGGGCCUAUGCCCUACUAUUCGCCGGAAUCUUACAUGCACCCACAGCCUGGGACCUACAUGCACCCACAGCCAGUGGAGCCAACGGACAUGCAACCUGCACAGCCGGCAGAAGAGCACCCAAAGAUGGUGACGAGGCAGGUGAAGUACCUGCCUCUCUCGGCUGUUGGCUGGGGCAUGAUCGCCGAUGACGAAGGCAUGCAGAUUCGUGAGCUCACAUCCAACCUCAAGGGCUGCGAGGGCGAGUGUACAAAUGAUCCUCAAUGCCAUAGCUUCGUCUUCUGCAUGAACGGAGGCUGCUACCUCAAGACUGCGCAGUUCCACACGGGGCAGGAGCCUGUUCACUACAGUGGCUUUUGCUCCACUUACUGGACCCCUGCCGUGGACACCUCGCAGCCAUCAGUGAGGCCGACCCUGCCGCCUGUUCAGCACGUUGAGGUCAAGCAGUGCGCUAAGGGCCAGGUGCCCGAGCCCAGUGGGAGCUGCGUGGCUUCGACUGCACCCGAGCUGAUGACCUUCUACCAGUACAGUGCGCAGAAGAAGCAGAAUGUUGAUGACCGUGUCUGGGAGAACGUGAACUUUGCCAACAUCGGCGGCGUCAUGUUCUACCUACACAACGAGGUCGUGGACAAAGCUGGCGAGAUGCGCAAUGCGGAGGGAGAUCGGACGCCAAAGUUCAACAUCGACCGCAUCCUUCGCUUCAAAGUGACGAUGAAGAACCCUGACGCUCUUUGGAAGAAGUACAGGUCGCAGUUUGGGCAGUUCAUCCAGUUCGACUAUGGCCAAGCUACGUUCGGAAUGCCAAACCAUGUCGAAAAAUGCAACGAAAUUUGGGAGACGAUCGGGUACGAGGUGGGGUGCCAGCCCAACCCCACGGGCAUCUCCGGCUACGAUGGAGGCUACUGGACCUCCUGGCCUGGACGCUGCCCUUCCAUGCCCUUCUCAGACAAGGCGCCUCAGGGCGGAUAUGCGAAAACCGCAGAGUGCAUGGAGAGGCAGCCAGGAGGUUCCUGCGGGCGGCCGGAUGGCGGUGCAACAUGCACUUGGCACAUUGAGCCUGCAGGAUUCAUUCUGCUAGACGACUUGGUGGGUCAGAAUUUGAAGGAGUUGUACAAAAAAGGUGGCACGCAGUACGACAAGACCACGGACGCCGGCCAAGGCACAAGUUUUUGGAAUGGCAAAAAAGAUACGGCGAAGUGCAAGGAGCGUCAAGACAAGCUCCUGAAUCUCUUCGCGGAAAAGUACCGGGAUCAGCCGGCUGCGCUGACGGACCCACGAUGUGAUUUCUGGCGGUGA